UAUUGAUGAAAGCGUGUAUAUUUUUUUUCAUUAUAAUUUUUUCUAUAUAUUGUGUAGAGAGACGGGGUUAUGUGUUGUGUAUUUUCGAGAUUUGAAGAGACUACAAAAAAUCACUGAUCCAGAAACUCUUGGGAGGAAAGCGAAACUUGGAACUCCCAUCGAAUUUUUUAUUUUGUUUUUGAAGAACUUGGAUAUUCUGACUAUUUCAUCAGCCACUCCCCUCCACCCACCAAGGCAAUCCCCUCAAAUCAAGAAAUCGAAACUAUCUAGAACCAGAGAUGGCAUCAACAGCAGGCCCACAACUCAAAUACGCCGACAGCUCGACCGACGAGCUCAUGCGGGACCUCAACCGUCUCCCGCUCUUCAUGACCGAGCUCGACCAGACCGACGGCGAAGGCGGCUCGAAUCUGAUGCUGGAGGCGCUGCAGGCGCUCGCGUACGAAGGCUCGCCGGUCGAGAUUGCGCGGAACUUCAAGAGUCAGGGGAAUGAGCGGUUCCAGGUGAAGAGUUUUAAGGACGCGGUGGAGUUUUAUACAAAGGCGAUUAUGACGGGGCUUGGGAAGCCUGAGGUUAAGCCUACGCAGGGAGAGGGAGCGGACUCGACAAAUUCCUCGCGGAUCGAGGAGUUGCCGGACAACAUGACUGCAGAACAAGAGAAGGAAAUCGCAGAAGCAUACUUUGACUCGAAAGCCACCUCGGGAACAAAGAUCAACCUAAACACCACCGACACCUCCGAAGCCGCCGCCAAAGACGCCAAAGAACUGGCAGACAUCGUAACCUCCUGCUACCUCAACCGCGCGGCCUGCAACCUCGAGCUGCAAAACUACCGCCGCGUGAUCAACGACUGCGCAGAGGUGCUCAAGCGGCAGCCUGCAAACGCAAAAGCGUACUACCGCACCGCGAAGGCGUGUCUUGCGAUCGACAAGAUUAGCGAGGCGCAGGAGUGCAUCGAGCGCGGGCUCAAGCUUGAGCCGAAGAGUUCGUAUUUUAAAGAGCUGGGGAUCAAAGUCUUUCAGAGAGAAAAUUAUUUGCUCAAGUUGGAACAGCAGCAGAACAAGCGCGAGAUCAUGUCCAAACACGUCGUGCAUAUAUAAUCUUCUACUCACUCCUGCAUUUUUUUUGUACUGGCGCAUUCAUCGGAGUUCAUCAUCAUUUAUCACUUCUAAUCUACAUCCUACUUUAGGCCAAUA